GCCAAAGAUGAGGAGAGAUAGAGAAGAUGGUUACACUGAAGUUUCUUCUCGAGGAGAAAUAAACGGGCAAUCUCCAACCAUUCGUGAUGCACUGCAUUAUGUCAGUGCGGUGAGGAACACUUUUCAUUACGACAUAGGGAAAUAUGAGACAUUCCUUGAGGUCAUGAACGACUUUAAAGCUCAGAGAGACGACCAUAAUGGUGUCAUUAAAAGAAUAAAAGUUUUGUUCAAUGGUCACAACGACCUAAUAUUAGGUUUUAAUACUUUCUUACCCAAUGAGUAUACAAUAACCCUUCCGUUGGAGGAAGAGAAACCGAAGAGCGGGGUAGGUUUCCAAGAUGCUUUCGGUUUCGUCACCAAGAUUAAGGCAAGGUUCUCAAGUGAUGAACAUGCGUAUAAAAGGUUUCUAGACAUCCUGAAGAUGUAUCGAAAGGAAAGAAAGUCCAUCAUUGAUGUCUACGAAGAGGUUACUAUUCUCUUCAAGGGUCAUGAAGAUCUGCUCGUGGAGUUCCUUAAUUUCUUACCUAAUUGUGCUGCAAUUUCUGACAUGCUUCCAAGGCAUUCUGAUAAGGUGGAAAACGGUGAUGAAAAGCUGGUUGUUUUCUCUGGUGGUAAUUCUACUGGAAGUAGAGUCCCUUGCUAAAGAAGAUCAGUGAGGCUAUUUGAACGUGGCAGAAAAUGGGAGAAUUCAAGAUCAUCAAAGUGGUCAAGAUGGUGGAAGAGAUACAGAUAGAGCUGCCAAAACAGCUAGCAGUGUAAGCCAAAUUAUUGCCUCCUUCCAAAGGAUGUGAGUGACUCUUUUUCCAUAAUAACAUCGUUUUACUACACUGGAAAUUACGGCGUUUUUCAGUUCUCUUAUAAAAUGG